AAUAUAUUCAACCAAUAAAACUCAAAUGUGGAACAGCAUUAGGUGCACCAAGUGUUACAAAUGGUGUUGGUCCUGGAUGGGGAACAGAUUGGCUUAGUCAAUUUUUUAGUAAUUGUACACUUCCUUCUUGUACAUUUGAUUUUCUUCCCAUUCAUUGGUAUGGAAAUUCAGUAUCCGAUUUCAGAGCGUAUGUAAUUAACGUUCAUGCGCUUUUUCCAAAUUAUCCAUUGUGGAUUACUGAAUUUCAAUUUACUGAUGUUUCAAGUACAGUAACAGCCGGUUAUGUAAGAGGAACUUUACAAUGGCUCGAUGCACAACCUUAUGUUGCAAGAUAUUCAAUGUUUGGACCAAUGAAUUCUCCAAAUAUGGCAGGAAUUCCUAACGGUGCAAUGGUUACAGAUGACCUUAGUCAGCUGACCGAAGUUGGCAAAAUUUAUGCUGGCCUCGCAUAA